AUGUCUACUGCGACUACGAGGAAGAGUGCAAUGCGAAAGGGGUUGCGGUCUAUUGCGAGCACUUUGCGCGAGCGAAUUGAUGUCGUAGUUAAGGACUUUUCGGAGGAGAAACGAGCAGAAAUUAUUUCUUUACAGACCACUUUAAUUGACACUGUUAAACAGUUAAAGGAGUUAGAUGAAGAGCUAUACGGUGUUUUAUCGGCUGAAGAGAUCGAAACCGACGUUAUGGAGGCUACAGAAUUUUAUCUAUUAGUGAACAUGAGUCUCGCGACUAUUACUACCGCUACCGGACCACAUGUUUCAGCCACAGAAUCGACACGGUCUGUUGAAAAGAAAUCGAUGAGACUACCCAAAAUAGAACUGAGCAAAUUUAAUGGGAACCCUUUGAAUUGGCCCUCGUUCUGGGACCAGAGAUACGUCGAAGGAACCGCUUUAUCAACUAUUUCUGGGUUAGAAUUGACGAACAGUAACUACGAAAAUGCUAUAGAGUUGCUUAGAAACCGUUUUGGCAACGAACAGGUGCUCAUUAACGCGCACAUGGAAGCCCUGUUGAAGAUUGAGUCAGUACGAUCAAUGGAUAACACCCAACAAUUGAGAAAACUUUAUAAUGAUGUUGAGAACUGUAUUCGAAAUUUGAAAAAUUUAAAGUAUAAUAGCGAAAUGCUGAGUUUAUUGAUUCCGGUUCUGAACGAAAGAAUUCCCAACGAAUUACGAAUGAUUAUUUCUAGAAACUUUGGAGAGGAGAAGUGGUCCGUUGAAAAGAUGCUGUUUUUUAUCAAUAACGAACUGCAAGCUCGAGAGAGGUGCACUGUAACCGCGAAAGGCAAGGUACAAACUCCCAGUGAAAAUUACAAGAGAGGAGGAAUUUCUACCGCAGACUGCUUAUUGACUUUGGACAGAAAAAAAUGUGUUUUCUGUCACGAUUCUCACUCUCCGUCGAGGUGUUCAAAAGUUACCAACGUACAAACACGUUCGCAAAUUAUGAAAAAGGAAGGGCGUUGCUUUUUAUGCUUGCAGCAUGGACACAUUUCAAAGAACUGUUGUUCAAAUUACAUAUGCAAUAGAUGUGGAAGACGUCACCACAUCUCUUUGUGUAUGAAAGAAAAACGUGCCGAAAGAAAAGAUAAAGACAACAAUGGCUCGGAGGAAAGCCCUUCUAACGAAACCAACGCGAAUCACAUCAGCCAAGAAAACAAAGGAAUUCUUUUGCAGACGGCUAAAGCUUUUGUUUCGAAAGAAAGGGAGAGCAGGAACGUACAAACGAGAUUCAUGUUUGAUUCAGGUAGCCAGAGAACAUAUGUCACAAAUGAACUGAAAGAAAAACUGAAUUUAGAAACAAUUCGAAAGGAGAAAUUAAUUAUUAACACUUUUGGCCAUAGCAACAGCCAAUCGAGAGAGCUACCCGUUGUUAAGUUGUAUGUAAAAACCGCUGACCGCUCAUCUACCGUACCCAUCGAAGCCAUCGCCGUACCAAACAUUUGCGCUCCUCUCUCAAAUCAGAAUGCGAAAUAUUACGCUGAUAAUUACGAACACUUGAAGCGGUUGAAAUUAGCAGAUUUUUCAAAUGGCGAAACGAGACUGAAUGUUCACGUUCUGAUUGGUUUAGACCAUUAUUAUUCAUUCAUUACCGGCGAAGUUGUUCGAGAUCCGAGAGGCGGUCCUAUCGCUAUCAAUUCCAAACUUGGCUGGAUUUUGUCCGGAGGUGAACAGUCGAAAGCGAACGAAUCAAGCUGCAUGGAAGUCCACGCCUGCCGUGUUGAUACCGAAAACACAAUUCUUCGUGACGAGUUGAACAAGUUUUGGCAAAUUGAGUCGAUCGUUUCGAAACAACGCUUAGAUUCUCUUGUUAACAAACGAUUACGAAAUGAACCUGAUUUAGCUGUGCAAUACAACGACGUUUUUGCAGACUACGAAUCGAAACAGAUUAUAGAAAAAGUUCCAGAAAGUGAGAUAGCUUGCGAAAAUGCUCACUACCUUCCGCAUCAUCCGGUUGUACGCCAAGAUAAAAGUACAACGAAAGUUCGUCCUGUUUUUGAUGGAUCUUGUGCCGUUCACAAACCAUCCCUCAAUGACAUUUUGUACUCUGGUCCUAAUUUACUUGCUAAGGUGUUUGACAUUCUGCUGAGAUUCCGUACGAACUGCGUCGCUUUAGUUGCUGAUAUUCAACAAGCCUUCUUGAAUAUUGAAAUCGCUGAGAAAGACCGUAAUUAUCUUCGUUUUUUGUGGAAAGAAAACCCUACCGAGAACGAUUCAAAGCUCAUUAUCUAUCGAUUUCUGCGUGUCGUGUUUGGGUUAACGUGCAGUCCGUUUUUACUCAAUGGGACAAUCCAACACCACUUGGAGACUUACGAAAUUAUCUGCCCCGAAAUUACUGAUGUUUUGAAGGAUGACUUGUACGUCGAUGACCUAACAACCGGUACCGAUACCGUAACUGAAGGCAAGAAACUUUACGAAAUUAGUAAACAAAUCAUGAAAGAAGGAGGGUUCAAUUUGCGAAAAUGGGCUACUAAUAACAAUGAAUUACAAACUUUUAUCGAUAAAAUUGAGAACGUGAAUUCUGAACCGAAUAGCGACAAAACUGUUAACCCCAAAGUAUUAGGGAUCGAGUGGGACAUCGACAGAGAUAUUCUAGUGUACCGAUUUGACGAGUUAUUGAAACGAGCGAAAGAACUGUUUCCAACAAAAAGAAACAUUUUACGUAUAUCUGCUUCAUUUUAUGACCCGUUGGGCCUGAUCGCACCAAUCACCACCAAAGUAAAGGUUCUUUUCCAGAAAUGUUGUCAACACAAGUCCGACUGGGAUGAUCCACUGCAAGGGGAACUGCUUAAACAAUGGAGAGAUAUAUUGAACGAUUUUGCGAAUUUACAAACUUUUGAGAUACCACGUUAUUUAUUCUGUGAACCGCGUCAUGAAAUUCAAUCAAUUGAACUGCAUGGAUUUUGUGAUAGCUCGACGAUUGCCUACGCUGCUGUGAUUUAUGCAAAAAUACGAACUAACCUCGGCGUAAGUGUUUCGCUAGUGACUGCUAAAACGAAAGUUGCGCCCCUAAAGCCGCAUUCUGUUCCACGUUUAGAAUUGCUAGGAUGUGCUCUCUUAGCAAAGUUGAUGAGCCAUGUGCUUAAUGCGAUCAAUGGUAGAUUGAAAGUUGAUCGUUUUUUCGGUUGGUCAGAUUCGGAAGUUGCCCUUUGUUGGCUAAAAGGCAAAUUGAAGCAGUGGAAGCCAUGGGUAGAAAACAGAGUUGUCUAUGUUCGAUCAGUCAUUCCAUCGGAAUCAUGGUUUCACGUUUCCACCAUUCAUAACCCCAGUGAUAUACCUACCAGACCAGACAAAAUUGGUGACUUCAAUUCAAAUUUGUGGUUAAACGGUCCUGAAUUUCUGUCUGAUUCCAGCUUUGUUCCACCUGAGUUUCAUGUCAACAAACAUUCAUUCGAUGUUUUGUCAGAAGAGAAGAAAAGUCAUGUCACUACUAACAUUAGUCAUUCCACUCAUCAUUGUCAUUCGCAGUUACAUGAUAUUAUAGACGAGACUAAGUUUAGCUCACUGAAAAAGCUUAUAACUACCAUUGGAUAUGUUUACAGAUUUGCGAAUAAAUUGUUAAAUCGAAUUCGAAAAAGAGACUUAUCAGUAUGCAACGAUCGUGAACUGUCGACUCAAGAAUACAAAAGUGCAUUUGAAAUUUUGAUUACAAACAAUCAACGAAAACUUCGAAACAACCAAAACUACUUCAACAAACUUUCGUCCGCCCUGAAGUUGUUUGAAGAUGAGAAAGGAGAUUUACGUGUUAAAGGACGUUUUGGUGAGAAUAAAAAGCUUUCAUAUGACGAAAGGUAUCCGUUGAUUCUUUCGAGUGAUUCACAUUUUACAAAACUUCUGGUUGAAGAUGCCCACGAAAAAACAUUUCAUCAAGGCGUAGAAGCGACACUCAACAUGUUACGAAUGAAGUUUUGGAUUCCGAAAGGUAGACGCACAAUCAAAUCCAUUUUACGACAGUGCAUUGUUUGUCGACGAUACCAAGGCAAACCUAUUAAAUCACCACCGACUCCAGAUCUACCAGAAUACAGGUAUUGCGCUUCGAGAGCUUUUGAACACGUUGGGUUCGAUCAUGCUGGUCCACUCUACAUUCGUACCGAGAACCGAAACACGACAAAGGUAUACGUAUUAAUACUUACAUGUGCUACUACUAGAGCUGUGCACUUUGAGCUUUCACCCGAUUUAAAGACGCCAGCGUUCAUUAGAGCUUUCAAAAGAUUUCAAUCCAGAAGAGGAACGCCUGCUACGGUUGUGCAUGAUAACUUUAAAACGUUUAAAUCUAACCAUGUAAAAAGAUUUAUGAGACAUGAGUCUAUUGAAACUAACCCGAUUCUCCCCAAGAGUCCUUGGUGGGGAGGAUUUUAUGAAAGGAUCGUCAGAUCAAUGAAAACCGCCUUGCGUAAGACCAUUGGGAAGGCACUAUUGACUUUCGAAGAGCUCGAGACAGUUCUGUGCCAAGUUGAAGCAUCGAUUAACUCAAGACCACUUACAUAUCAGAGUGAGGACGAUCUUGGACAGACUAUCACACCUUUGCAUUUGAUUUACGGCUCUAACAUUGUUGAUGCUGAAUGUGUCCCAAUGAAUGAUACCGACCAGUGCUCGAAACGAUUACUUUAUGUACAACGAGUGCUUGACGAUCAGUGGCGACGAUUUUAUCGAACGUAUUUGAACGAAUUACGGCAACAUCACUUCUACAGAAAGGAUGGCAGAGAAACACCUGAUUUAAAGUUGAACGACGUCGUGGUGGUGAAAGAUGAUAACCAACUGCCAAGAAGUAGAUGGCCAUUGAGUAAAGUUACGGAACUGAUCUAUGGAAAGGACGGAUUUAUUCGUGGUGCGAAGAUUCGGGUUAACACCAAGAAAGGACUUGUUUCUACGAUAACGCGUCCUAUUCAAAAACUGAUUCCACUUGAAAUAGCAAAUGAGACUGAAAACGAAGUUGAAAAAGUUGAAAAAAGUGAACUUGAAAAACCCGCUGAAGACACUCUCAAUGAAGAUGAGCAACAACGAAGGCCGACGAGAAAGGCUGCGGUUGAAGGACAGUUGAUGCGUAAACUCCGCGAAGAGUAUUUAUAG